CGCGGGGAUAAAACCGCCCCGCCAGCGAGCCCUCUGUACAUUGGUGUGCGGAGCGGCGGCAGCAGCGAGCGGCAGGGCUGAGCAUCACCGCGCGGCGACACCGAGCCACCUGCCAACAUGUCCGACAAGCCCGACAUGGCCGAGAUCGAGAAAUUUGACAAGUCCAAACUGAAGAAGACAGAGACGCAAGAGAAAAACCCGCUGCCUUCAAAAGAAACGAUUGAACAGGAGAAGCAAGCGGGUGAAUCGUAAUGAAAUCUGCCCUUCCAAAUUAUGCACUGUACAUUCCACAAGCAUUGCCUUCUUAUUUUACUUCUUUUAGCUGUUUAACUUUGUAAAAUGCAAAGAGGUUGGAUAAAGUUUAAAAAUGACUGUACUGCCCCUUUCACAUCAAAAGAAUAGAGAGAACUACUGACAAUGAAUGAAGGCGCUGCCUUUCCCUCUGCCUGUCUGGCUUUGGUCCUGGUGGCAUGAAAGAGCUUGCAUGUUGAUGGAAGAAGAACUUGGGUGGGACUACAGUAACUAGAGUAACACACGAAUAAAUGCAAAGCUGUACCAAG